UCCACCACAGUGCAAUGAUAAAACCUUAUCAGACGCCAGGCUCAUUUGCGAGCAAAGAUAUAAAGAAGCACACAAACCAACAGGUGCAAAACGUCGUGCAGACCUACAACCUAGAGAUCUGAGCCGGGAGGAGGUGCACAAAGAACAUUGCUGUGUAAUGGAAUACAGCAGGGAUUGCGUUCUGGGAUAUCUAAAAGAACACGGAUGCAGUGAUCCAGAUUUUCUUGAGAUUUUUCUCGAGAAUAUACGAACCGAAUGUGGAGCAUCUAAGUGGAACUGUACAGAGUGCAAAAGAGAAGAUAUGGUUGAGAGAUUUUCUGAGGCCGACGCUGAGUGCGAUGCGAGGUACAGACAAGAACAUGGUCUCACUACCGGAAAACCCACAGAUUUGGUUCCCGGUACGACCAGAUGUUGUAUGUUGCUUUACGGCAAGGACUGCGUUCCCCUUCGACUCGUAGAAAAAGGAUGCGAUGCUUGGAUUCUCGCAAGAUCCGAAGAAAUGUGGAGCAAGCGAAUAUUGGCUGCAUGUGACCCAUCGACCUCGAAGUGCUUGCAGUGCAAUCAAAAAACUAUAUCCGAUGCCGAAGAUGUGUGCUUAAGGAAGUACGAACAGGAACAUGGCAUUAUUUCUAGAGGCCUGAUGUCCGGCAAUGACAAACAACUGUGCUG